UUUUGAAAAAUCGCUGGGUCGGUGGAGCUCUCCUGGGCUGGGUGCCUUGCUCGGUGACUGAGACUGGCGACAGACGGACACAGCCCCAGGCAGACCGAAGUGGCACUAGGCACUCUGCCGGGAUGAUCAGUCAGGUGCCCAGGACCCCAGCUUCAGGCUGCUACUACCUAAAUUCCAUGUCACCUGAGGGCCAGGAGAUGUACUUGCGAUUUGAUCAAACUGCAAGACGCUCUCCUUACAGGAUGAGCCGGAUUCUGGCGCGCCAUCAGCUAGUGACUAAAAUCCAGCAAGAAAUUGAGGCAAAAGAAGCAUGUGACUGGCUCCGCGCUGCCGGGUUCCCGCAAUACGCUCAGUUGUAUGAGGAUUCACAGUUUCCCAUCAACAUUGUGGCUGUCAAGAACGAUCAUGAUUUUCUUGAAAAGGACCUUGUAGAGCCUCUUUGCAGACGACUAAAUACAUUGAACAAGUGUGCCUCAAUGAAACUUGAUGUGAACUUCCAAAGGAAAAAGGGUGACGACUCCGAUGAGGAAGACCUUUGCAUCAGCAACAAAUGGACUUUCCAAAGAACCAGCCGCAGGUGGUCUCGCGUGGAUGACCUCCACACGCUGCUCCCUGGAGGAAGCAGGAAUGGGUCCCCAGGAGGCACUGGGAUGAAGAUCACAACCAGCAGCGAGAGUGUCCUCACCGACCUGAGCGAGCCUGAGGUCUGCUCCAUCCACAGCGAAAGCAGUGGGGGCAGCGACGGCCGGGGCCAGUCGGGACAGCACUGCGCGGACAGCCCGGUCAUGCUGGAUGCCCCACUGGUCAGCAGCGGCCUCCCACAGUCCCCCAGAGGCAUCCCCCACCACACUUUCCACUCCAAGAAUGAGAAGCCCAGCAGGGCCAGGGCCAAAUCGUUUUUGAAACGCAUGGAAACGCUCCGAGCAAAGGGAGCCCACGGGAGGCAUAAGGGGACAGGGCGGACAGGUGGCCUGGUCAUCAGUGGGCCUGUGUUACAUCAGGAGCCGGAGUCCUUUAAGGCCAUGCAGUGCAUCCAGAUACCCAAUGGAGAUCUCCAGCGCUCACCCCCAGCUGUCUGCAGGAAAGGGCUCCCGGCCUCCAGCAAAUCAAGCUGCGACAGCAGCCCAUCAGAACACAGCAGUAGUGGAGUGAGCACCCCGUGCCUGAAGGAACGCAAGUGCCACGAGGCCAGCAAGCGCGGGGGCAUGUACUUGGAGGACCUGGAUGUGUUGGCGGGGCCAGCCCUGCGGAAUGCGGGGGACCAAAGCCACAUGCAUGCGUUCCACUCCCAAGAGAAUUUGGUGGUGCAUAUUCCCAAGGAUCACAAGCCAGGAACCUUCCCCAAGGCGCUUUCUAUCGAAAGCCUCUCGCCCACAGGCAAUAGCAAUGGGGUUAGCUGGAGGACCGGAAGCAUCUCUCUGGGCAGACAGCCGAACCCCAGUGCCAGGGAGCCCAGGCUCGUGGCAUCCUGCCACAGAGCCAGUCGCGUCAGUAUCUAUGACAACGUCCCGGACUCCCAUCUGUAUGCCAGCACGGGAGAUCUUCUGGACUUGGAGAAAGAUGACCUCCUCCCCCACCUGGAUGACAUUCUACAGCAUGUCAACGGGAUCCGAGAGGUCGUGGAUGACUGGUCCAAAGAUGUCUUGCCCGAACUACAAACUCAUGAUGCGUUGGUUGGGGAACCUGGCUUGUCUCCAUUUCCAUCGCCUAAUCAGAUCACCUUAGAUUUUGAAGGUAACUCUGUCUCAGAAGGUCGGACAACACCCAGUGACGUAGAAAGAGACGGAACAUCUCUUAAUGAGUCCGAGACCCCUGGGGUCAGAGAAAGAAGGGAUUCUGGUGUAGGGGCCUCUCUGACAAGGCCAAACAGGCGACUCCGGUGGAAUAGCUUCCAGCUCUCACACCAGCCACGGCCAGCCCCGACGUCCCCACACAUCAGUAGCCAGACGGCCGGCCAGCUGAACCUGCUCCAGCGCUUCUCGCUGCUCCGCCUCACAGCUGUCAUGGAGAAAUAUUCCAUGACCAACAAGCAUGGCUGGACAUGGGCAGUUCCAAAGUUCAUGAAGAGGAUGAAAGUCCCCGACUACAAAGACAAGGCUGUCUUUGGCAUUCCUCUCAUAGUCCACGUCCAGAGAACGGGACAGCCCCUGCCUCAGAGUAUUCAGCAAGCCCUGAGAUAUCUGCGCAGCAACUGCCUCGAUCAGGUGGGUCUUUUUCGCAAGUCGGGAGUGAAGUCUCGAAUCCAUGCCCUACGCCAAAUGAAUGAGAACUUCCCGGAGAGUGUCAACUAUGAAGACCAAUCUGCAUAUGAUGUGGCGGAUAUGGUCAAACAAUUCUUCCGGGACCUCCCAGAGCCUCUUUUUACCAACAAGCUCAGCGAAACCUUCCUCCACAUCUAUCAGUACGUCCCCAAAGAGCAGCAGCUGCAGGCCGUCCAGGCCGCCAUCUUGCUGCUGGCAGAUGAGAACAGGGAAGCCCUGCAGACACUCUUGUGCUUCCUGAAUGACGUGGUCAACUCAGUGGAAGAGAAUCAGAUGACGUCCAUGAACCUGGCUGUGUGUCUGGCCCCCUCUCUGUUUCACCUUAACUUAUUAAAGAAGGAAAGUUCUCCAAGAGUCAUACAGAAGAAAUAUGCCACUGGGAAGCCAGAUCAAAAGGACCUCAAUGAGAAUCUGGCCGCGGCUCAGGGGCUCGCGCACAUGAUCAUGGAAUGCGGGAGACUUUUCGAGGUCCCAUACGAGUUGGUGGCCCAGUCUCAUGACUCAUAUGUGGAAGCCGAAAUCCAUGUGCCCACCCUGGAGGACUUAGGAAUGCAGCUGGAGGAAAGUGGGGCAACAUUCCACACUUACCUGGAGCAUCUUGUCCAGGGCCUCCAGAAAGAAGCCAAGGAGAAGUUCAAAGGAUGGGUCGCCUGUUCCAGCACUGACAACACAGAUCUUGCUUUCAAAAAGGUGGGCGAUGGGAACCCGCUGAAGGUGUGGAAGGCUUCUGUGGAGGUGGAAGCGCCCCCCUCGGUGGUCUUGAAUCGCGUGCUGAGAGAACGGCACCUGUGGGAUGAGGACUUUGUGCAGUGGAAGGUCGUGGAGACACUGGGCAGGCAAACGGAAAUCUAUCAGUAUGUGUUGAACAGCAUGGCCCCUCAUCCUUCCAGAGACUUCGUGGUCCUCAGGUCCUGGAAGACUGAUUUGCCCAAGGGAACAUGCACCCUGGUGUCUCUGUCUGUGGAACACGAAGAAGCCCAGCUCCUGGGUGGCGUGCGAGCCGUGGUCAUGGAUUCCCAGUACUUGAUAGAACCGUGCGGCUCUGGGAAGUCGAGACUCACCCACAUCUGCAGGGUAGACCUAAAAGGUCACUCCCCAGAAUGGUACAGCAAAGGCUUUGGACAUCUGUGUGCAGCGGAAGUUGCCAGGAUUAGAAACUCUUUCCAGCCCCUCAUUGCUGAGGGUCCAGAAACUAAAAUCUAAGUUUUCCCCAGUGGGCCGUCAAACUCAGGGAAGAGGAAGCUAAAUCAAAUGCUUGUGGCAGAGGGUGCAUGCGUGAGAAAGAAGAAAAAGAAGAGAAAGACGAAAAGGAAUGUGGUUAGUGCAUAAAAGUGGAAUCACAGAGAAGUCGGAAUGUUGAAGAUGCAAGAAUUUCUGAGAACUGUCCUAGCCUUCCUGGAGAUGGCUACAUCCCUACUAAUAUAUUUUUUUCAAUCAGAACAUUUAUCUAUGUUACUUAAAAUUAAAUGAAUUAUUCCUUGUGCAUUGCCUAAUUUGCUAUUUAAAGGCUUCUAAGAAGCAUAUUCUUAACUGUAAAUAAAUGUCUGUGUAGCAUAUGUACAUAAUGUGUGCAUAUCUCCAUCCUAACUGUAUAUAUGUAGCAUAUGGAUUUUUAUAGAGAAUUGAGUGUUUUGAAAA